GAGCGCCGUCUGUCCCUUCCUGCCUCCUCAACACCAUAUUCCCGAAAGAAAAGGGACAGGAUAUAAAAAUAAAAAACAAAAUACAAGUAGAGUAAAAUAAAAAGGACGAGAAAUGACUGGAGCUUGCCGCUCAUUGGCUCUGCGAUUUUGUCAUGGUUCAUAGACGGUGCUGCUGGGUGGGUGGGCCACUGAAGGAAGUAUUGAAAGGAACUCCACGCCCACGGACACGCACACAUACACAUAGUAGUACACACACUCUCUCAUCUCACAUUGACGCUGGACUCAUCAGUCACCGGUUUCGAGUGUGGGUGGCUGGCCCAUUGGACGGAUGGACCAGUGGAUGUGUGUGGCUGUCGGUGGGCGGAAAGGAACUUCCGCAGGCGCCUGCACCGACACCACCCGACGCAGCACACACACGCACACACACACACACACACACAACGAGGUCAGUCAGGUACACACUACUCUACUUACUGCCUUGGUAUCUGGACAGAGUUACUGCACCAGGCAACAUAAUUCGGCGUGCGGGAGAGAGAGUGUGUGAGUGUGUGAGAGAGUCACGCAUCGCUCGUCCAUUCGCCCAUGGCCUGAGGGUGUGUCUCAAUGCGGGAAACUAAGUGCCAGCUGGAAGCUUAGGAACGGCAGGAGCAGGAGGAGCAGGAGGAGCAGGACGGAGCAGGAGCAGGAACAGUAGCUGGUGCUCCUUCCACAUCAAUAGAAACAUGACAGGUACGCGGGCGGGUGGACGGGCAGGCGCGGGAGAGGAA